CUAACGUAGUGUCCUUGUGCAUGGACCUUUAUAACUUAUAGCUUAAGUGGUUUGCUGUGAUACAAUUAUCGUCAUCCAAAAAUAGACGUAGUAGUAUAGUUAUGUCGAGGAAUUACAUAAAAGUGCUUUUGAAUCCUUUUCGUGAGAGUAAAGUGUUGGGUUCGCUGCUGAAAUGGCUGGAGCCGGGUGCGAGCAAUAGUUCUGGGGUACAUAAGGGAGGGAAUGAUGAGGUCCCAGUGAGCCGGAGCGGCGCCGCCCAGUACAGCUCUGGCGUACGUAAGGUGACGCUGAUCCCUGGCCAUGGAAUCGGCCCUGAGAUCACGGUCGCCGUGCAGAAGAUCUUCGAGGCCGCGAAAGUCCCAAUUGAAUGGGAUGAGGUCGACGUCACAGCUGUUAGGGGCCCUGACGGCAAGAUGGGUAUUCCUCAGAAAGCCAUUGACUCUGUAAAUGCAAACAAAAUUGGUCUGAAGGGACCGUUGAUGACUCCAGUCGGCAAAGGUUACCGUUCUCUCAACUUGGCACUGCGUAAGGAGUUCGACUUAUAUGCCAACGUCAGGCCCUGCAAAAGCAUGGAGGGCAUCAAAACCUUAUACGACAAUGUAGACGUAGUGACAAUCAGAGAGAACACGGAGGGAGAGUACUCGGGCAUUGAGCACGAGAUCGUGGACGGAGUGGUCCAGUCCAUCAAGCUGAUCACCGAGGAGGCGUCCAUGAGGGUCGCGGAGUUCGCCUUCGUAUUCGCCAAGGAGAACAAGAGGAAGAAGGUGACAGCUGUACAUAAAGCUAAUAUUAUGCGUAUGUCAGACGGUCUGUUCCUGCGAUGCUGCCGCGACGUGGCGACCAAGUACCCCGACAUCAAGUUCGAGGAGCGCUACCUCGACACCGUCUGCCUCAACAUGGUGCAAGAUCCCGCCAAGUUCGACGUGUUGGUGAUGCCCAACUUAUACGGUGAUAUCAUGUCGGACUUGUGUUCUGGUCUGGUCGGAGGUCUCGGUCUCACGCCCUCAGGCAACAUUGGCAAGAAUGGAGCGCUAUUCGAAUCCGUGCAUGGAACAGCGCCCGCGAUUGCUGGCAAAGACCUGGCCAACCCGACCGCUCUCCUGUUGUCCGGAGUCAUGAUGCUGAGACAUCUGAACCUUCACAAUGAAGCUCAGAAGAUUCAACAAGCCUGCUUCAGAGUCCUCAGGGAAGGAAGGGUGCUAACUCCUGAUCUAGGAGGGAAUGGAACCUGCUCCGGUUUCACUGCGGAGAUUAUUAAAUAUUUAGAUGAACCCGAACAUUGAAAUGUUGGUGCUUAAUAGCUAGUCAUUGUUUUGGUAGGGACUAGGUACAGAGAAAUAGGGUCUUUAUACUUCUAUACAUAAGCAAGUGAUUCACUCAAAUCUGUUUCUGCAAUCGAGUUUGAACUUUAUUUCUUUUAUAGCAAGAUUGAAAAUCGUUAAAAGACAUAUUUGAUAACAUAGGGUGUGUGAAUAACGGUCUAACUUUAGAGAAGACAAGAAAAUAGGUCUCUUGCAGAUAAUAAGGUUUUAACAAUUUUUUUAUUAUUAUUAUUAUUACAUUACAACACAAGUAUUAUCAUGAGCAUUAUUUUAGAUGUUUUUUUGUUGAUUUUUUAGUGAAGUUUUUGUAUUUAGUCCUUUUAUCAAAAUGGUGGCUGAUGUGUUGGUGAUCAAAGUGGUCGCAGUAGUGAGUUGUGAGACAAGCGUUGGUUCAAUUACUAGAUCAAAUUGUUGACCUACUUAGUUAUAAGUGUGCAGGUUACUGGCUGAGGUACUGAAUAGACAAAUUUAUUUUUUUCAAUACUGAGAACGGACGUGAAACAACGCUUGCGUUGUGGUUAGUUGUGUGAGUGAGGUUACCGGAGGCCCCAUUGCCCCCCCCCCUCCCAACCCAGUCUCAAGGUUCCAGGCCGGUAACGCACUUGUUACGCCUCUGGUGUUCCAGGUGUCCAUGGGUGACGCCAUUGCUUACCAUCAGGUGAUCCGUCUGCUCGUAUAUCGGCUGGAAUAAUAUUAUGUAUAUUAAUGAAAUGCGAGGAAAACAUAAAGAAGAAUAUUUCAAAUGUAUUACUUCAUUGCUUUCGAAAGUAUCCAAAAUAGUAUAUUAGUAAAUACGGAACAUUAAGCUGUUCAUUGGUGGGUCUAAGAGAGAAUUGAAAUGUUUGGUCUAUCGCUUCGAAAAUGUUCAAUUUAGAUAAAAGUUGUUGUGACAUAAAUACAAAAGUCACAGGUUCGUACCUCAGUCAGUGUACUCACAAGCCGGUAUAACUGCCAAAGAAGUAGUUGACAGUGUAAUUUAUUUCACUAUUUAUGUACAUUCCCUUCGUAGAACAUAGAUCUGCUGUUCCUUUUAUAUUUAUUAUAUUAUUUAUGUAGAUGAGAAACAAAAUGAGAUGUAACAUCUGUUCGGGCGUUUAGCGUAUAGAACAGUCUUUUGUGUGAUCUACUUUUGGAUUCGUUCUGAAUAUGAGCGUGAUGAGUAUGUGGACUUUAUGUUAAUAAGCAGAAUAAAAUCUGAAGGAGGAAUAUUAAAAAAAAAUGAAGAAAAGUUACUAUUAAUUGUGUUUAGUGAUACCACGGCUUCACAGAAAAAUGGCGUGAAGCAACGCUUGCGUUGUGUUUCAUCAUUCGUUUGUGUGUGAGUGAGGUUACCGAAGGCCUAACUAUCCCACUUCCUUCCCCAAUCUACUCAUUUCCUAAAUCCCCGAUAUUCCUCAACUUACUAAUCCCCAAAAGGCCGGCAAUGCACGUGAAACGCCUCUGGUGUUACACGUGCGUCUGCCAUUAAAAAAAUUCUAAAACAUAUUUGGCCAUGACUGUGGUUCAUUAGAUAAGUUCUCACAGACAAAGUAUCAUCAAUUUUGAUUGUCCAUCUACAUAAAUAAUCAAAUAAAUAAACGUUAAAACCAUAACUUACUUACCUACUUACAUAUUAGUUUAAUUAUAUUUCGUCUUAAGUUACCAAUUACCAUUUCAGUUUUGACAUAAGUAUUACUACCUUGUAUUAAAUAAAAUAAAUAUACACAGCUGAUUAGUACAAGUAAUAUUCGAUCUUAUGACAUUCAAGUUUGAAUUGAAAAUAGUAGACAAUAUGUUUUCCUAAUAGAUUAGAGUGAGACGGAAGAUAGUGAUAGAUUGGCUGUUUUUUUUUUUCAGUAUGUUAGUUCAAUGUAGCAUUGUGAUACAGUGAGAUAUUUAGUAAAUACUUCUUUUUUAAUAUCGCGUUCGAAUUCACCCCCGGGCCUCCUUAAUUUUUUUAAAUAUGAUAUUCGAUUAUUUAUACUCCUUAUUCCCCGUAUUAAAAUAAUAGACCUUUUAUUUGAGUUGGUUUAUUAUCUAAUGUAAUUAAUGUCCAUUUUUAUUUCUUUGAUGUUAAAAUGUUAUUUAACAGUUUAUCACUUGACAAUCAACUGAAAGUGUAAACGAAUUAAGUCGAAUUUUAAGUAACAGUGGCAGUUAUAUGUGUUAAAAUUUACUUUAUUUUCAAUGAGAAAAUAAAGAUAUUUAUACCUACAAAAGGUAAUAUGUAAGGUUUGUGUCUUACUUGGCGUACUUAAUAAAAAAGAACUUAAACUUAUAUAGAAAUAUGGUCUAUUUUGUACUAUCAAGAAUGACUAAGUUGGAAGGAUAGAAGUGCUAAAGGCGUUUGAUACAUUAAAAUGUAGUUUUAGUUAGAAAUGAAAUGUUUGUGUCUGUUUGAAAUUAUUUAUUUUAGCUCUAGAACUGGAUGCUAUUAGUUUGGAAUUAGGCAAUUUUUUAAAUAAACAGUAUUUGACCCCUUUAUGGCAAACUGAACUUAAUGGCUAUGUGGAUAAGCUUUCGAUUUGCUUGUAUCAAUAGGUUUUCCACCAGGAUUUUAUAAGUUAUUUUUAAUAUAACACUAAAUGCUAGCGUGUGAGCCUAAAUACACAAAUUCACUGCCAUUACACAUACAAAGCUUUUUAAAUUGCCAUAGAUUAAAUAGAAAUAUUUUUACCAUAAUCAAGUAGUUUUUAUUUCAUGACUAAGUACACAAAAUGCUGUGAAAACAUGAUUUUACCAUUGUAUUGUUUAAGCUUAUUGUUUAGUUAAUUUAUAUUACAUAAGUAGACAAAUAAAUGCAUUAACUAACAUUUA